AUGCAGGCAGAGGAGUACAACCACAGAGUUCCUCGUCCAGGUAAGGAGAUGGUGGAUUACAUCACUAGGUACCUGACCACCAUCAGAGAGAGGAGGGUGACCCCGGGCCCUGAGGUGAAGCCUGGCUAUAUGAGAGAGCUGCUGCCAGACAGCGCCCCCACUGACCCGGAGGACUGGGACUGUAUCUUCAGGGACAUAGAGAAGGUCAUCAUGCCUGGGGUGGUCCACUGGCAGAGCCCCCACAUGCAUGCGUACUACCCAGCCUUGACCUCCUGGCCCUCCAUGUUAGGAGACAUGCUGGCUGAUGCCAUUAACAACAUCGGAUUCACCUGGGCCUCCAGCCCGGCGUGUACAGAGCUGGAGAUGAACGUGAUGGACUGGUUGUGUAAAGCCCUGGGUCUUCCCUCCUUCUUCCUCCACCACCACCCAGACAGCACCGGGGGAGGCAUACUGCAGAGCACAGUGAGUGAGAGUAGUCUGGUAGCUCUGCUGGCUGCCAGGAAGGCCAGGAUCCAGCAGCUGAAGAGGACAGAGGCAGCAGACAGAGACCUGGACGACUCAGUGGUCAACUCCAGACUGGUGGCCUACGCAUCAGACCAGGCUCACUCCUCAGUGGAGAAGGCAGGUCAGAUCUCCCUGGUGAAGAUCAGGUUCCUCCCUACAGAUGACCACUUCUCCCUGAGAGGAGACACUCUGAAACAGGCCAUCCAGGAGGACAGGAGGAGAGGACUAGUACCUGUCAUGCUGUUUGCCACUCUGGGGACCACGGGGGUGUGUGCCUUUGACAACCUGUCAGAGCUGGGACCAGUGUGUGCAGAGGAAGGUCUGUGGCUGCAUGUGGACGCGGCGUACGCUGGCUCAGCGUUCUUCUGCCCUGAGCUGAGAGGUCCUCUGGAGGGCAUAGAGUACGCUGACUCCUUCGUGUUCAACCCCUCCAAAUGGAUGAUGGUCCACUUCGACUGCACCGCCUUCUGGGUGAAGGACAAGUACAAGCUCCAGCAGACUUUCAGUGUCGAUCCCGUCUACCUCAGACACGAAAACUCAGACGAAGCCACCGAUUUCAUGCAUUGGCAGAUCCCCCUGAGUCGACGGUUCCGCUCUCUAAAGCUGUGGUUCGUGAUGCGCUCCUUCGGACUGAAGAACCUUCAGGGACACAUCAGACACGGUGUAGAGAUGGCUAAGCUCCUGGAGUCCCUGGUUAGAUGUGACCCUAACUUUGACCUGCCUGCUGAGAGACACCUUGGCUUGGUGGUGUUCUGUCUCAAGAAAGGGAAUGCCCUGACUCAGGAGUUGCUACAGCGACUGACGCGGUCCGGCACCAUGUACCUUGUCCCCGCCGACAUCGACAGGAAACGCAUAAUCCGCUUCACCGUGACGUCACAGCUGACCACCUCAGAUGACAUCAUCAGGGACUGGAAUAUCAUUCGCAAAAUGGCCGCCGACCUUCUGUCCGAGGAGGCCGAGAAACAGGCGGUCAGUAAAAUGGAGGAGCAGCAGUCUCCAGUCAGAAGAACUGUUAAGAAGCUGUCAGAGACACACAGUGACUCAGGGUAUCACACAACGGCAGCAGCGGAGGGCUUGGCUGCCUCUCUCAUGACUAGGGAACCAAACAAGAUUGAAAAGGCCAUCAGUGACACAGAAGAUGAGCCACUGAAAACACCCAAAGAGCUAGAGGUCGGCCAGACACAGACCAGCCCCAGGACAGGACCCAGAGAGCUAGAGGCCGGCCAGACACAGACCAGCCCCAGGACAGGACCCAGAGAGCUAGAGGUCGGCCAGACACAGACCAGCCCCAGGACAGGACCCAGAGAGCUAGAGGCCGGCCAGACACAGACCAGCCCCAGGACAGGACCCAGAGAGCUAGAGGUCGGCCAGACACAGACCAGCCCCAGGACAGGACCCAGAGAGCUAGAGGCCGGCCAGACACAGACCAGCCCCAGGACUGGACCCAGAGAGCUAGAGGCCGGACAGACACAGACCAGCCCCAGGACAGGACCCAGAGAGCUAGGGACCGGACAGUUCCAGACCAGACAGGACCCAGAGACAGGACCCAGAGACGGCCCUGAGGAGAUCCCCUGUCCUCCUGCCUUCAGAGUUCAGAGGGUCCAACCACAGUUCUGGAUGGAUAAAGCAAUGGUCGGGUCUGAGAACAGGCCGAGGAGGACAGUACGCUCUCUGAGCUGCAGCAGUGAGCCCUUACCUGGCCCCAUUGGGCCCCUGUUUGGCCAUAACACUGACCCCCUCGCUAAGCCUCUCUCUAGCUCUAUCACUGACUCCCAGCCUGGACAGAAAGACCCAGACCUCAUCCACCCCCUAAAGGACACCCAGCUCAGGCCUCUCUCCUCCAGCCCCAGCACCUCAGGCCUCUUUCAGAUCCCAGAGAGGCCUUCUCCAACCAGUUCGAACCAGCGGGUCCUGAGGAAGCUCACCAAGUUCUACAGCUUGCCCAGUUUCUGCCACCUGUGGGUGCAGAGUGGGCGCUACCAGGUGUGCUGCCCUGUCAGGGGACUUCAGAUUGCCCCAAAGCCCUGGUCCUCCUCUGGGUGUAGGAGACUCAGCUGUUGGCCUUGUUCCUCUGUGACUAAAGCAGCUGCCACUAACUUUCCUGCUCUACUGUAG